AUGUUAGCUGAAUCUGAUAAUUCUUUUUCAGAUUUUGAAGAUGAUGUAAAAUCUGAACUUCCACCUUUUACUAAUACGUCUUCUCUAAACCCUCCUUCUAUUGAGAAUAAAACUCUCAUUUUUAGAUUAUUUAAUAUUGCUGAAAUAAUAGACAGUUUUUUUUCUGAUGUUCUUCCAAAAUUUUAUAAAGAAUUUGAUGUUCAAUUAGAUUUGUUUAAUUUAUUAAACAACUCCCUCAUAAUUUUUGAGUUUUCUUCAGUUUCUACAGCUGGUUGA